AUGUCUCAGGCAGAAACACAAGCGUUGAGGCGGGCCAGGUUCGAGGCAGUCUUCCUCGUUCUCAGAGAGGAGGUCCUGGAGCACUGCGCAUCAGAGGGCCUGCCUGACGACGCCAUCCAAUGGUACAGCAGGAACCUCACGUACAACGUCACGGGCGGAAAGCUCAACCGCGGACUCGCGGUCGUCGAUACCAUCGAGAUACUCAAGGGCCGGAGCCUGUCCGACAGCGAGUUCUUCCGCGCCUCUCUUCUGGGCUGGUGUGUCGAGCUGCUGCAGGCCGUGUUCCUCGUUUCGGACGACAUGAUGGACCGGUGUGCGACGCGCCGCGGGAAGCCAUGCUACUAUCGCCUCGACGGCGUUAACCACAUCGCUGUGAACGACUCGACGAUGCUCGAAGCGGCCAUCUUCCACUUACUCCGGGUGCACUUCCGCUCCGAGCCGUACUACGUGCACCUGCUCGAGCUGUUCCACGAGGUUACCCACAAGACAGAGAUGGGCCAGCUGCUCGACCUGAUCACAGCGCCAGAGGGUCGUGUUGAUCUGCACGCAUUCUCACUUGAGAGACACCGGAACAUCGUCACCAAAAAGACCUCAUAUUACUCCUUUUACCUCCCCGUCGCGAUUUCCAUGCAUAUGUGUGGCAUCCCGCACUUGGCCCUGCCCUCGUCAUCGUGCGCGCCAUCUGGCCCAUAUGACAUCGCGCGGGAUAUCCUCCUCCCGCUUGGGGAGUACUUUCAGGUACAGGAUGACUUCCUCGACUUCGCGGGCACGCCCGAGCAGCUCGGCAAGGCCGGCACGGACAUCGUCGACGGCAAGUGCUCAUGGUGCGUCAACACUGCGCUCGCGCACGUGACUCCCGCGCAACGAGCGCUGCUGGACGCGGACUACGGUAGGAACGACCCUGCCGCCGAGGUUCGCGUAAAGGCGCUGUAUGAGGACAUCGGUCUCCGUGGGUUGUACGAGCAGUACGAGAAGGCGGCGUAUAAGAGGAUCAUAGCCCUGAUCGAGACAAUUCCCGAGCAUCCGGCGUCAGAGGAUUCUGGGUCGGUGGUCCUGAAGCGGGAGGUUUUCACGAGCUUUCUGGAUAAAAUCAACAAGAGGCAGAAGUGA